ACUCUAGAAGCAUUUUCGCUCUGAAAACGGCGCCGUUUUGCUCUGCACCGCCGACUACAGUUCACAUUUAAAUCCCCUGUAGGGGCCAUCACUUCCCCCGCGCGCGCGCAAGCACUCUCGCAAUGCUUUGCUGCUCCCACAAAUACCUCAUCGGGCUCUCGGAGCGCGUCUCCUUCUCCAAACCCUUCAAACACUUCACCGCAUUUCCCCAAGCCUUGUCCGAGACCCACCACAUCUCUCUCCAACCCCCUCUUGCCCCUUCCAUGGACGCAUUUUUCGCGGAGCUCCUCCAAUCCUCGACAAAUUUUCAAUCUUUGACCCACGGAAAGGGAGUACACGCCCAAAUCAUCAAGGCCCGGUUCACUCCUUGCUUAUUCCUUGUGAAUAAUCUCCUUAAUAUGUACUGUAAAUGCGGGGACUUGGCUUCCGCCCACCAAUUGUUCGAUUGUAUGCGUACAAGAAAUGCAGUGUCGUGGAACUCGCUCAUUUCCGGGUAUUCGCAAAUGGGUCUGUUUGAUGAUGCGCUAAAUGUGUUUAUUGAGGCGAGGAAUGCCCAAACUAAGAUAGAUAAGUUUACGUAUGCGAGUGCAUUAAGCGUGUGUUCACGACGAGUUGAUUUGAACGUGGGGAAGGUGAUUCAUGGGCUGGUAGUGGUCGGUGGUUUUUCUCAGCAGGUUUUCUUGAUCAACUCCCUCAUUGAUAUGUACUCAAAGUGUGGUGAUAUUGGUCAAGCAAAGCGCUUGUUUGAUGCUUCGGACGAAUUGGACGAUGUCUCGUGGAAUUCGUUGAUCUCAGGUUAUGUUCGGGUAGGUAAUGUAGAGGAGACAUUAAGAGUUUUCUCUCGGAUGCAUAGUUAUGGCAUUAAGUUGAACUCCUUUGCUCUUGGUAGCAUCCUGAAAUCCUGUUCUGAACACGAUGAUGUGAAAUAUUUUGGUGAGAUGAUCCAUGGAUGUGUGGUGAAAGUUGGUUUGGAUUCUGAUGAUUUCAUAGGAAGUGGAAUGAUAGACUUAUAUGCAAAGAAUGGUGUCUUGCAUGAAGCAAUUAAGUUCUUCAAAGCUAUGCCAAGCCCUAACGUGGUUGUUUUCAACGCUAUGAUUGCUGGAUUCUCCCGAUUGGAGACCAAAAUAGGCAGCGGACUCUCAAAAGAAGCAUUGCUCCUCUUCUCCGUGAUGCAAAGGAGGGGAAUGAGACCUUCAAAGUUCACAUUCUCGAGUGUUAUAAGAGCUUGUAGCUUGGUAAAUGGCUUUGAAUUUGGGAAGCAAAUCCAAGGACAACUGUUCAAAUACAAUUUUCAGAGUGAUGAAUACAUUGGGAGUGCUUUAAUUGACUUGUACUCAAAUUCAGGUUCUAUUGAAGAAGGAUUAAGGUGCUUUCAUUCUGUCCCUGAGCAAGAUAUAGUCACUUGGACAUCGAUGAUAUCUGGAUGUGUGCAAAAUGAACAGUUUGAGAAAGCACUGAGCUUGUUUCAUGAAUUAUUAUGUAAAGGGAGAAAACCAGAUCUUUUCACUUUAUCGAGUGUGAUGAGUGCUUGUGCGAAUUUGACAGUUGCACGGACCGGCGAGCAAAUUCAGUGUUUUGCGACAAAAGCCGGUUUUGAUCAAUUUACUAUAAUUGGAAACUCCAGAAUAUACAUGUAUGCUAGAGCAGGGGAUGUUGAUGCUGCUACUAAGACAUUUUCAGAGAUGGAGAGUCGCGAUGCUAUCUCAUGGUCUGCAGUGAUAUCAAGCCAUGCGCAACAUGGUUGUGCUAGGGAUGCUUUGAUGCUUUUCGAGGAGAUGGAGGAUCGUAGAGUUGCACCAAAUGAGAUUACUUUCCUAGCCGUUCUUACUGCUUGUAGUCAUGGAGGACUGGUGGAUGAAGGAUUCAGGUACUUCGAAAGCAUGAAGAUUGACUACAACUUGGGUCCAAGUGUCAAGCACUGUUCUUGUAUAGUUGAUCUCCUAGGCCGGGCCGGUAGGUUGGCAGAUGCUGAGGACUUCAUAUUGGACACAGGCUUUGAUACCGACCCAGUCAUUUGGCGGUCUUUGCUUGCCUCUUGUCGUGUUCAUGGAGACAUUGAAAGGGGUAGGCGCGUGGCGGAGCGUGUAAUGGAACUUGAACCCACUGCCUCUUCUUCCUAUGUGCUCUUAUACAACAUGUACUUGGACACUGGGAAACUUUCCUUGGCAAUGAAAACUAGAGAUCUAAUGAAAGAGCGAGGGGUGAAGAAGGAGCCCGGUCUUAGUUGGAUCGAGAUUGGGGCACAAGUUCAUUCGUUCGUGGUUGGUGAUAAGUCUCAUCCGCAAAGCAGUGCAAUAUAUGCGAAGCUUGAGGAAAUGCUCUCGAAGAUAGAAAAGAUGGGGUAUACAAACACGACGAGAGUAAGUUUAAUGAACUGCCACAGUGAGAAAUUGGCGGUGGUACUUGGAAUGAUUCUUCUCCCGCAAUUGGCUCCCAUACGAGUGAUGAAGAACUUGAGAGUAUGCAGGGAUUGUCACACGGCAAUGAAAUUGUUUUCAGAAACUGAAACAAGGGAAAUUGUAUUAAGGGAUCCAAUUCGGUUCCAUCGGUUUAGAGGUGGUUCUUGUUCUUGUGGGGAUUAUUGGUAAAUGAAGACUCUGCAAGCCGUGAACGGCAUACGACCAUUCAAUUUUGGUCGAGCAACUCAGUAGUGCUGCCGGAGAGAAUUCAUGGAAUCUGGAACUCCUAUAAUUAAUUUAGAGAUAAUUUACAUUUCCGAGGGAUUAUCUGCAACAUGUGACAGUCAAAAGAACAGUGAGGCUCCAUUGUAGCAGCUCUUUCUCCAGAAGUUAAAAACUGUACAACACAAGGACACUACGAAGCGCCGAGUCAUCCAUAUAAAGCUCUCAUGAGGAAGACAAUUUUCCCUUUUUUUUUUGGUCUUUUUUAUUUUUGGAACUUUGAGAAGCAUAAGGAUUCAAUUCUGUUAGUGAUUAUUUAUUAUGCGAAUUCUUUUGAACUGGGGACAGGUCCCGAGUGAUUAGAAAAAGAGAUUUGUCAAGCUGUAAUUAACAAAAUGUUCUCUCGUGUAUUGAACAAUAUUCAAUAUGUAUAGAUAUUGAUGUCUAGCGGUGUUAUCUGUUA